GUCGGUCCCCUCACGUCAUCCUCGGAUUGGUGAGAGUCUUGUUUGAGAGAGUUGAGGUCAUUGUCCUGCUCCACCGACCAAUGAUCUAUGCAAUCCGGCUGCCAAUUCCAUGUCCCGCACGUACCGCGACUGAGCCUUCUCUAUGGUUCUAUCGUGCCUGCCUACUUGCCUACUUGCCUGCUUGCCUGCUUGCCUGCUUCACCAGUACCGUACCCCAGUAUGUGAUGCUGCGCCCCUCUCUUUCCCCUCCCCUCCUUCCCCUCUUCGGUUUGCUCCUCCCUCCUUUGCGGCUUCAUAUAAUACCCCUCUAAUCCCCCCCUCCUCAAUCCUUUUGUUCUAUUCCCUUUUCAUUCAUCAUCAACAUCAACCACUCUCACAUCAAUCAUCCUCUACCUCCCGCAUUCUCUCUUCCUAUCAGAAGACCCCUCUCACCAAGACUACUACCUAGUACUUCCCCACUCUACAUCUCUUGACUACUACCAAUCAUCCUCUACCCCUUAUACCUCAUCACAACACUUCAUCAUGGCUAAGAAGGCUAUCCAAUUCGGUGGUG